AAACCGAAUACAAAACAUAAAUAAAUGAAUCAAUCACUGAAUAAAGAAAGUGCCAACUGAAUACAUAUAUAAAGGAUUAUUUAGGCACUGGAAAAGUUUGCUUAAGGUCAGUUGUACAAAGAUAUAAUAAUGAUUAUUACAGGUCCAUUUAAUUAAAUUAAUCAAUGAUCAUAAGAAGAACACUAUAACCUGUCUGUACUAGUUGAAAUUAAGGUCAUAUGACUGUUAAAACCACGUUAAAAAGGUUGGUUGUAUAUAUUUAUAUUGUUAUGAUUGUUUAUUGUGUUUUUUUUUUUCAUUUUGUUUCUGAAAUAUUGUUAUAUAUUAAUGAAAUUGAUUUUGCAUGCAAAAAUAAUCAACAUUAAUUUGUUUAUAUCUAUUGAUUGAAAUGAUUAUACACUCUUAGAUGUACAGUAAGGCUACGUUCACAUUACCAAGCUGAAAUGACUCAAAUCUGAUUUUUGGCUCAACGUGGCUCAAAUCUGAUUUUUUUCAUGGCUGUGUGAACGUGCCAAUUUUUAUUUCUUUUUUUUUUUUUCAAAUCAGAUUUAAGUCACUUUUAUAAAUCGGAUAUGUAUCCAAAUCUGAAUUUGUGUGUCUUUUUGCUUUUAUGCAUGCGCUACGUGCUUCUCUCUCGUACCCACACUGCAUCUCUUGGUGCAGCUGUGCAGCUAUAGCUACAAAAACAGCAAAAGCAAACCACCUGGCCUUUUUUCUCCUCCUUGACCUGAGCAUGAACGUCAGAGCAGCUGUUUAAUCUCCACUCCACCAAAAGAUGCUCCACAUAUGAGCUGCUAACUCAUCCAUUUCUCUUUAUAAAGCUACGAGUCUCUCGUCUCUCUAAUAUGAGGGUUUUUUGUUGGUGGUGAAGAAGGAGACGUUUAUACAGGUAUCAAGGCUUGUAAUGUGAACGAAGCCUGUAUGUCCAAAUAUUUGUGGACAUCUUAGUUUAAGUUGCACACCUUGUUGCCAGAUAUGUGCAAAUGCACACACACAGCUUGUCCAGUUCCUGUAUAAGCAGGAACCUAUUAGCACCAUGCCCAAUGUCAUGUGUGGACUAGCGGGAUAUAAAACCCCAGUAUUGAGCUGUGGAACAGUGGAACUGUGUUCUCUGGAAUGAUGGAGCUCCAUCUAAUACCUUUGGAAUCAGUUGAUGAAAACUAAUGCAUGUAUUUCUGAAUGCAAUCAGAUCCUCACAGCAGUGUUUUAAACCGUAGUAAAAAGCAUUUGCAGCUCUUAUUUCAGCUCAGACCUCAUAUCUACACUUUCACUGGUCAGUGUACACUAUUCAUAUUUCUACCCCUUCUCCAAUAAUGAAGGUAAAAAUUCAGCUACACUGAUCUUCACUCCUCUUUAAUAUUAUAAAUUAAGUACAUUUUCCUUAUUAAACACAUUUUACAGUGCAAGACAAAACUUAAAACAAAAACUGGUCUUUUAAUUCUUGAGUACAUAAAUUUGACUAUUAAAUUAGUAUUAUUAAAUGCACCUAAGCAAUGAAUGAAUGAAUGAAUUAUGAACUCUGCUACUUUUGUUCUUUAGCAAUAGGCUAUUUAAUUUUUUAUUUUAUACAAAUAAAUGGAGUUAAUAAACGGGUGCACCCUUACCUUCAAUAAUGAUACAAACCCCCACCAACCACAUGAGGUUCCAGAGCAACCAUUUGGCUAAACCUGAGCAACCACCUAAAACAAUAAAGCAACCACCUGGGAUACCACAGCAUCUGCCAUAGCAACCACUAAGCAACAUUAUGGCAAACAUCUCUAAUUUUCUAGAUGACAGAAAGAAGCUAAAUCAAAGAACUAUCAAUAAAACACCUUCUUACAAAGGAUGAGCUCAUUAUUUAUCUUUAUAAACUCUGAUAAUUUAGUUUAUUUUUCUAUCUGUAUCUGCUGUAAAACUGCUGUAAUUAGGUUGUGUUUAAUUAACUUUAUAUAUUUACUAAAUGAUGAAUGAUUAUUGAUUUAUUUGAUAUAUUGAUUAGAGCUGCAUACUGUAACACUGUUUUAAUUCAGUUGUGUUUAAUUAUCUACAUAUAUUUACUAAAUAAUGAAUGAUUAUUGAUUUAUUUAAUAUAUUGAUUAGAGCUGCAUACUGUAACACUGCUUUAAAUCAGUUGGUGAAGUUCAGGCUCCACCUGCUGGUUAAAUCAUAGAGAUACAUCAACCUAUCCUCAUGAGGUGGUGGGCGUGGCCUCGUGACGUCACUGAGGAGAAACGAAAGUUAAGUGAAGCUGCUUGAUAAACAGAAUUGAGCUCCUUCUUUCAGCAGGACAUAAUCUCUCAUUUGAAGCUCUUUCAGUCAGGUAAACUCCACAGGUGAACUCUGAAGGAGCAGAAACACCUGGACGAGGGAGAAGAAGUAAAGCUGGUAAUGUCUCUUAAUCUUCCUCCUGUUUCUGCUGGAGAUCCUUCCUGUUCAGCUCAUUUCUAACAUUCACUGCUCUUCUAGUUUCAUCAUUUUUAUGAAGGUGUUUAAACUGCUGUAAGACGCUCACUUCUGUUCUCCAGCUCAAGCUGUUCACUUUAGUUCAGUCUCAGAGUUCAGCUUUAACAGCUGGAAUGUGGAGAUGAUCAGCAGCUGGAUGGGUUUGAUGGUGAAAAGUGUGGAACUGUUUUCAUUCACUGACUAAGAAUUAUUCUGAAAUGAUCUCUGUGCCCUCAGAUCACCUUCAUGCUGCUUCUCUGUGUCUCCUCAGUCAGUCAUGGCUUCCUCCAGCAGUCUCCUGUCUGAAGAUCAGCUCCAGUGCUCCAUCUGUCUGGAUGUGUUCACUGAUCCAGUCUCUACUCCAUGUGGACACAACUUCUGCAUGGUCUGUCUCAGGAAGUGCUGGAACAGCAGCUCACACUGCCAGUGUCCAGUCUGUAAAGAAGAAUUCUCCAGAAGGCCUGAGCUCCGUGUGAACACCUUCAUCUCUGGACUGACUUCUGAGUUUAAGAAGUCAGUUCAGGAGAAGUCCAGCAGAGCUCCAGAGAAACCAGUACAAUCUCAGGUCUUCUGUGAUUUGUGUUGUGAUGAGAAACGUGCAGCUCUGAAGUCCUGUCUGAUCUGUAUGGCCUCUUACUGUAAAACUCACCUGGAUCCUCAUCACCUAAUCGCCUCAUUCAAAAAACACAAGCUGAUGGAUCCUGUGGAGAACCUGGAGGACUACAUCUGCCAGAAACAUGAGAGACCCCUGGAGCUGUUCUGUAGAGACGACCAGACGUGUGUGUGUCAGUUCUGCACUGAGGGAGACCACCGGACUCACAGCACUGUUCCUAUAGAGGAGGAGAGUGGAGAGAAGAAGACUCAGCUGGAGAAGACACAGGCAGAAGUUCAGCAGAUGAUCCAGGAGAGACUGAAGAAGAUCCAGGAGAUCAAACACUCUGUAGAACUCAAUAAAAAAAUCAGAGAGAAGGAGGAAGCAGACAGUGUGGAGAUCUUCAGGGCUCUGGUGCGCUGCAUUGAGAGAAGCCAGGCUGAGCUGCUGGAGGUGAUGGAGGAGAAGCAGAAAGCAGCAGAGAGGCAGGCUGAAGAGCUGAUUAAAGAGCUGGAGCAGGAAAUCACUGAGCUAAAGAGGAGAGACACUGAGCUGGAGCAGAUCUCCCACACUGAGGACCACCUCCACCUCCUACAGAUUUACCCGUCCCUCUGCAGACCCCCACACACCAAGAACUGGACUGACGUCAGUGUUAACACUCCUCUGAGUGUGGAGAGUCUGAGGAGAGCUCUGCCUCAGCUUCAGAAACGUCUCACACAGGAGAUGGAGAAGAUUCCUGAGAUCAAACUGAAGAGAAUUCAGCAGUAUGCAGUGGACGUGACUCUGGAUCCUGAUACAGCUCAUCCUAAACUCAUCCUGUCUGAUGAUGGAAAACAAGUUAAACAUGGAGACAAACAACAGAAACUCCCUGAUAAUCCAGAGAGAUUUAAUACAUAUAUCUGUGUUCUGGGAAAGGAGGGUUUCUCCUCAGGGAGAUUUUACUAUGAGGUUCAGGUCAGAGGGAAGACUGAGUGGACAUUAGGAGUGACCAGAGAGUCCAGCAACAGGAAGGAAAGGUUUACAAUGAGUCCUCAGAAUGGAUACUGGAGAAUAUUACUGAAGAAUGAAACUGAAUAUGAGCCUGGAGAAUCUCCUCAUGUCCUCCUCUGGUUGAAACAGGCUCCCCGGAAGGUGGGGGUGUUUGUGGAUUAUGAGGAGGGUCUGAUCUCCUUCUAUGAUGUUGAGGUCAGAUCUCAUAUCUACUCUUUCACUGCUCAGGCUUUCACUGAGAAACUCUAUCCAGUGUUCUGCCCCUGUCUUAAUUAUGAAGGAAAAAAUUCAGCUCCACUGAUCAUCACUCCUGUUCAACACUAUAAAUAAGAUUUAUUUUCUUAUAUUACUUUGAGAAUGUAAUACUGGAUAAUUUUCCUCAAUUAAUAAAAGACUAAACUAAUA